CAUUGAAAACUCAAAUACAAAGAAAUCUUGGUGGAUAAGAUGUCAGAAAUUUGUGACUGAAGCCUGUUUUCACCUGAUCUCCACAUUUAAUAUCACAUUUAAUAUUAAGGCAUUUUUCAUUCUGUAAUACUACAAAUGUUUCUUUUAGGGAUUGUCAGAUUUUAAGUAUUUAUCUUUUCCUUGUUCUCCCUCCUUUUCUAAUCCCUCCCCACCCCAAUCUCUUUUUGCUCCCGUAGGGUUCCUAUUGCUGGCUACCCAGUCACUACCAUUCUAAUACCAUUUAAGGUAGCUCUGCUGGGUUUAUUUAUUUUGAGUCCUUCAAUCCAGUUUCUCUUUUAAUCUGGAUUCCUAAAUCAAACCGAUAAACCCGUUUGUUUUUCUCCCUUUUCAUUUCAAAAAUUCGUGAUUCAGAUUGGUAGGAAAAUAUAAUGUAAUCCGGGCGCAACAUCUUCCCCUUGGAAUCAGUAUUUGCGAGGCUUCCUUCUUUCCUUGGCUGAACGUGCUUAAGUCAGGCAGAGUACCUAGUGAAGGACUUCAGCCCCCACAGUUCCCUGUGUGCGCAUGCCCUCUCUUCUUACAGUUGUCAAAGUGCUUUUGCCAGAGCGGUCACAUAAUCAACCUGAAAGAAGAAAAUAAAAUACUGUACAGUUUUUAAUUUUAUCGAUCCUUAAAAACUGGACACUCAAAGCUGCGCAAACCAUGCAGGAUGAUUUACUGAUGGACAAAAGCAAAACCCAGCCCCAGCCUCAGCAGCAGCGGCAGCAGCAGCAGCAGCAGCCCCAGCCCGAACCCAGCGCAGCCGAAGCCCCGUCCACGCCCCUCUCUUCAGAGACCCCCAAGCCGGAGGACAGCAGCGCAGUGCCGGCCCUCAGCCCCGCCGCGGCCCCGCCGGCCCCCAACGGCCCCGACAAGAUGCAGAUGGAAUCGCCGCUCCUGCCGGGCUUGAGUUUCCACCAGCCCCCUCAGCAGCCGCCGCCGCCGCAGGAGCCCGCGGCCCCGGGCGCGUCGCUGUCUCCGUCCUUCGGCAGCACCUGGUCCACAGGCACCACGAACGCGGUGGAGGACAGCUUCUUCCAGGGGAUCACCCCAGUCAACGGGACCAUGCUCUUCCAGAACUUCCCGCACCACGUCAACCCAGUCUUCGGAGGCACCUUCUCUCCACAGAUCGGCCUGGCGCAGACCCAGCACCACCAGCAGCCGCCGCCGCCAGCGCCGCAGCCGGCGCAGCCCGCGCAGCCCCCGCAGGCGCAGCCCCCGCAGCAGCGCCGAUCGCCCGCCAGUCCCAGCCAGGCGCCCUACGCGCAGAGGAGUGCCGCCGCGGCGUACGGCCACCAGCCCAUCAUGACCAGCAAGCCGUCCUCGUCCUCGGCUGCAGUAGCCGCCGCGGCCGCAGCUGCCGCUUCGUCCGCCUCGUCCAGCUGGAACACGCACCAGAGUGUGAACGCCGCCUGGAGCGCGCCGUCCAACCCGUGGGGCGGCCUGCCGGCAGGCCGGGACCCUCGCCGAGCUGUCGGCGUGGGCGUGGGCGUAGGUGUCGGGGUGCCCUCACCACUCAACCCCAUCUCGCCGCUCAAAAAGCCCUUCUCCAGCAAUGUGAUCGCGCCGCCCAAGUUCCCCCGUGCGGCCCCGCUCACCUCCAAGUCCUGGAUGGAGGAUAACGCUUUCCGGACGGAUAAUGGUAACAAUCUGUUGCCAUUUCAGCCCAGGGCCACAUCGGUUGGCAGUGUCCUGAACAUCUUGAGUUGGAAAGGGGUGGUGAGGGACCGGAGUAGGCCCUAUGACACUUUUAACUUGCACUCGUUGGAGAACUCCUUAAUGGAUAUGAUAAGGACUGAUCAUGAGCCUCUGAAAGGUAAACACUACCCUCCCAGUGGCCCACCAAUGAGUUUCGCUGAUAUAAUGUGGAGGAAUCAUUUUGCAGGACGCAUGGGAAUAAAUUUCCAUCAUCCAGGAACAGAUAAUAUUAUGGCACUUAACAAUACCCAUGGUUUUCUUCUGUGUUUACAUGCAGCCAGGAGCUAUGGGCGGAGACGAGGUCGGUCUUCUCUCUUUCCCUUUGAAGAUGCCUUCCUGGACGACAGUCACGGCGAUCAAUCCUUGUCAUCUGGCUUAAGUUCUCCCACUCGCUGUCAAAACGGAGAACGCGUAGAACGUUACUCUAGAAAGGUGUUUGUUGGAGGCCUUCCUCCUGAUAUUGAUGAAGAUGAGAUCACUGCCAGCUUUCGCAGGUUUGGACCUCUCGUUGUAGACUGGCCUCACAAAGCUGAAAGCAAGUCGUAUUUUCCUCCUAAAGGCUAUGCCUUUCUGCUGUUCCAGGAGGAGAGCUCAGUGCAAGCCUUGAUAGAUGCCUGCCUGGAAGAAGACGGGAAGCUGUACCUGUGCGUGUCCAGCCCCACCAUCAAGGAUAAACCGGUGCAAAUUCGACCAUGGAACCUAAGUGACAGUGACUUUGUAAUGGAUGGUUCUCAGCCUUUGGACCCCAGAAAAACUAUCUUUGUUGGGGGAGUUCCACGACCCCUUCGAGCUGUUGAACUGGCAAUGAUCAUGGACCGUCUGUAUGGUGGUGUCUGCUAUGCCGGCAUCGACACGGACCCGGAGCUGAAGUACCCCAAAGGUGCUGGCCGCGUGGCGUUCUCCAAUCAGCAGAGCUACAUCGCAGCCAUCAGCGCGCGCUUUGUGCAGCUCCAACACAAUGACAUUGACAAACGGGUGGAAGUGAAGCCAUACGUGCUGGACGAUCAGAUGUGUGAUGAGUGCCAGGGCACGCGCUGUGGUGGGAAGUUUGCCCCGUUCUUCUGUGCCAACGUCACGUGUCUGCAGUAUUACUGUGAAUACUGCUGGGCGAGCAUACAUUCCCGCGCCGGGCGGGAGUUCCACAAACCGCUGGUGAAGGAGGGAGGCGACCGCCCUCGGCACGUCCCGUUCCGCUGGAGCUGAGCCCAGGGCAGACCCAGCCACAAGUACUGGAGUAGAUAACAAGGAGGGAAAAAGAGAGGGCACUGCCUCAGGGCUUACAGUGUUCUGGAAAUCUGUGCAUUCGUUCUCGAUUUUUAAAGAAGAAAUGGGUCUUUUUAUUAUUACUAUUAUUUACAGUCAUAUUACUGAACUCAGUGUCCAGUAUAAUGCAAAAUUGCAGAGUGUAUAACGGUACUGAUUUGCACUUUGAUUCUCACCUUUGUCUGCUUGGUACCUUAAUUUCUUACACCUGAUCUGUCACUCGUAGACUGCCAUUCUCAUCAGCGGCCAUCAGGUUGAUGUCUGUGAUUUUUUUUUGUUUGUUGUUGUUGUUGUUGUGUUGUUGUUGUUGUUGUUGUUGUUGUUGUUGUUGUUCCGAUUGUUUUUGAACUGGAGCAUGCACUUAUUUUCAGAAACUUAGAGAGUUGCCCCUAGGAGAAGACUUACCAAAGGUAAUACUCGUGAGUAGGUGGCAGAUGUAGCAAAAACUUCACAACAGUUCAGCAAUCAUUAGUUGGGGUCAUUUAGAGUAAGGGUAACCCUUAAUGAAAAUAGGCCUUUAGUUUUCUAUUUUGACAUGUAAGGAUACCUCAUAAGCUGAAUCUUUAUUUUCCCUUCAUGUUUGAUUUUUGUUUUGCUGAGGAUUUUGGUUAGAUCUUUUAGUGUUAUGUAAAUUUAUGCUGCAAUAGCUUUUGCUGCUAUUAAGAUGGUAUUAUUAAUACCAUAAUACUCUCUUCAGGCUAAGGUAUCAAUUUAAAGAAACCCAACAACACACGUUUGUGAUUUAGGGAUAGAAUCAGCUGCCGAAAGGAGAUCAGAAUAGACUACAGAAAGCUUCAACGGAAGGUCACUAUUUCUGACUGCAUGUUUACUUAAUCAGGUUGCUGCAUGCAAUAAAUUUUAUAUCCAAUGUCUAGUAUAAAACCUUCCCACAAUGCACAAAUUAAGAAUAUAUAAGCUAUAAAAUACUGAUUUUUUUAAAAGAGUUUUUUUCACUCAAAGAAUUGGUAAUUGACUGGAGGAAGGCAUGCCUCAAUAAAUGGAAUGCUUCUGACAUUAGGAAGAGCCCCUGACAGAAUGACCUAUAUUACAACCAAUAUAAAACCUAGGUGUAGGAUAUUCUUAAAGCAAAUUUGUGGAUGGUAGAUGAAGUACUUUGCGGUGCUCUGUUAUAUAUUGUGCAAUUUAUUUUAUAUAGUAAAGUGAUUAUGUCUAACUGUGAUCAAACUUAACUGUUUAAAGCCUCUGUGUCAGACAUUAACGAACUCGACAGUUCAUAACUGGUAUAUUAUUAACUAACACAUGAGCUCUUAGCUACAAUCUCCUAGUGCUUGCACCAUUUUACAUAGCUUCAGACCUUGUCCAGAAAACCAAAGAGCUCAUCUUAGCUUACAAACACUAGGAAUAUAUACAGUAUAUAGAGAUAAGUUGUCAGAUUGACAAACUAGGCACAUUUUAAGAAAGUUGCGUGGCGGUGAUGCUAAAGAAAUGUCUAUCCAAAACAAGAUGGCCUGGGCAGGGCUGGUUGUCUGGGUGAGAAAUUUAACUACUUAAUUCCCUGGAUUUAUCCUGUAAAGCUUGAAUAGAACUAAGACCUGCUAGAACUACCGUGGACAUUUUUUUAGCAUUCACUCUUGGGCUGCAGAUAGUAAUAUAUAAACACACACAAUGAUUGUGAGACUAUGUAAAUCUUUUUUUUUUUUUUUUAAUCUUCUUCCUAUGUUUUGGAAUUCUGGGGACAAUCUGACUGGAUAUGACACUGCAGAAUAGAUUUAAGUCGCUGUGUUUUAUGUGCUGUGAUGUCCUUGUCCUGUCUCUUAAGUUAAUAAGACUGCUUGUUUUUGUUUUGUUUUGUUUUGUUUCUCCAGUGUUUAGUUGCAAUUGCCAGCUCUCAAACUAUAGUUUUUUUUCAAAAAGGAAAAACAACAUAGUUUUUUACUGGAUUAAAAAUGCUUAUUAGAACUCCCCCCUCCCCUUUGAGGUUACCUCUGGGCUUUUUGGUAAUAAUUGCUUUUUUCCAGCCCAGCUGUGGUUUUCUGUUUGUUUGGUUUUUUUUCUAUGUUUGUGGUUUUUUUCAUCUGUACAAGAAAUUUUGUUAUGCACUACUACUUUUUGUAUCCUAGACAGUUUUCAAAAGUUGGCUGAAGAUUUUUUUGUUUGUUUGUUUUUAAGGAAAAAGGCAUGCUUUCUGACUGACAUGAUCUUUUGCAAUACCUCAAUUUUGAAAUAUAGGAAAGAAAAUGAUAUUUUCUAAGUAAGUUUAUUCAGAAAAAUAUAUAUUAAUUUAAUUCUGCAAGAAAAAAUGAUUUAACAGAUGGGUAACUUUAUUUUUUUCAUGCUUAUUUGUGUUUUUUGAAAAUGAAGAAGUUAGAGCUUUAUAACUAUAAUAUUAAAGAUCAUAUCUAACCUACAGAAAUCUACCUAAUUAUGUGAAAGAAGCAAAACUUUUUGAAGAAGCACCCCUCUUUCAUGUACUAAAACAACACUGAGAUUUAAAAAAAAAAAAAAAGCUGGAAGCUUGUACAGCGGGAAGCUAAUGUGGAGGUGAAAACCAUGGUCAUGAAGAAUAGGUUGCAAAGAAUAAAGAAUAAACUCCCUUUGGUGCUGAAAGUUGUGGAUAGAUGGUGGAAACUACUUUCCCUUCAUUUGUAUAUUUAUAAUCAAGCGUUGAUUGUGCACGACUGACCAGGAUUGUGAAAGAGUUCUUCUGUUUGUAUUUUUUUAAAGAGAACUUUUUUAGUUUAUUAAAUUAUAACAUGUUCCCUUUUGUUUUGUAAAUAAAUGUGCCCCCAAGUUGUUAAUGUUAUAUUAAAAGAGAGGGUCCUUCAAAAAAAAUUAUUUUUUAAAACACAAGAGGUGUUCUGACCUGCAACUUGACUGGGAAGCCCCUGGGUAUCACAGGUCCUGUUGUGGCCUUUCCUUGAUGUGACACUUGAACUAGUCGAUUUUUUGAAGGCUAAAACCUAACCUCGACUAUUUGUUGUUAUGUGCAAUACUGUUUGUACUGUUUGUAUAAAAAAUAGAAAAAAAAAAGAAAAGAAAAAAGGCAUAAAUCUUUAUUGCAGAUUUAUUUUCAUUGCAAACUUUAGACAUUGUGAUUCACUGAAAUCAUUUUUCUACUGUCAAAUAUGUACCUUUUCUUCAUGCUGGUAUUUUUUCAAUAGUAAUGUAGCCUUUGUACUGAGACAAAUUUUCAUUGUUAUUUUUAGAAAGAUUUUUUGCUAAGAAAAAAAUUAAACAUAUUUACAUAUUUUUCAUUUUAUUUCGUAUUUUCUUUAAGGAGUGCUUUCUCAAUCAUUAAUAGAGUUGUUUCUGGGAGGGACUUUCAUAUCUGGUCAAUGUCAUAAUAUUAUUUUGUAUUUUUACUUGGAAUAAAUUAAUUUUAUGAUGCUAAUUCUUUAAAAGUUUAUUUUUUUCAUUUUCAGUUAUUUUUGAAGCUAAAACCUUUGUAAUAUUGUUACUAAAGUGUCUAGUUUUUUGAAAUGCAAAGCUUUAUGUAUUAACUUGCUGAUGUGGUUUACAAUAGUGUGACAACGAUGAACAUGGUUGGUUAUGUAAAGUGAUUGGAAAAUGUAAUGGAUAAUUGGGUAAUAAAAUGACAGAAUGAGCAGAACA